ACCACACCCGAAUCCAUCAACUCUCCUCUCAACAUUCAUCAGCAUCUUCAUCGUCACACUUCCACCACAUUCACCAUGGAUCUCCUCCUCUUGGAGAAGACCCUCUUAGCUCUCUUUGUUGCCAUUGUUCUCGCCAUCACCAUCUCCAAACUUCGCGGCAAACGCUUUAAACUCCCUCCUGGUCCCAUCCCAGUUCCCCUUUUUGGUAACUGGCUUCAGGUUGGUGAUGACUUGAACCACAGAAACUUGACCGACUUAGCCAAGAAAUUCGGCGAAAUACUUUUGCUUCGUAUGGGGCAACGCAAUCUUGUGGUUGUUUCAUCACCAGACUUGGCCAAAGAGGUGUUGCAUACUCAGGGUGUUGAGUUUGGCUCAAGAACUAGAAAUGUUGUGUUUGAUAUUUUCACUGGGAAGGGCCAAGAUAUGGUCUUUACUGUUUAUGGAGAACAUUGGAGAAAGAUGAGAAGGAUCAUGACGGUGCCCUUUUUCACAAACAAAGUUGUUCAACAAUACAGAUAUGGCUGGGAAGAGGAGGCUGCAAGAGUUGUUGAGGAUACGAAGAAGAAUCCGGCGGCCGCAACAACUGGAAUAGUUUUGAGAAAGAGAUUGCAACUUAUGAUGUACAAUAACAUGUACAGGAUUAUGUUUGAUAGAAGGUUUGAGAGUGAGGAGGAUCCUUUAUUUAAGAAAUUAAAGGAAUUGAAUGGUGAGAGAAGUAGGUUAGCUCAGAGCUUUGACUAUAACUAUGGCGAUUUCAUUCCUAUUUUGAGGCCAUUCUUGAAAGGUUAUUUGAAGAUCUGCAAGGAAGUUAAAGAAAGAAGGUUGCAAUUAUUCAAGGACUAUUUUGUCGAGGAGAGGAAGAAACUUGCAAGCACCCAGAGCAUGACCAAUGAAGGGCUGAAAUGUGCCAUUGACCACAUUUUGGACGCCCAGCAAAAGGGCGAGAUUAACGAGGAUAAUGUUCUUUACAUAGUAGAGAAUAUCAACGUUGCGGCAAUCGAGACAACUCUAUGGUCGAUUGAGUGGGGAAUUGCGGAGCUGGUUAACCAUCCUGAAAUCCAAACAAGGCUCAGGCACGAACUCGACACUGUUCUUGGCCGUGGUGUUCAAAUCACAGAACCUGACACCUACAAGCUGCCUUUCCUUCAAGCUGUUAUAAAGGAGACUCUGAGGCUGAGGAUGGCAAUUCCACUGCUUGUGCCACACAUGAAUCUUCACGAUGCUAAUCUCGGAGGCUAUGAUAUUCCUGCCGAAAGUAAAAUCCUUGUGAAUGCUUGGUGGCUUGCAAACAACCCCGCACAUUGGAAGAACCCAGAAGAAUUCAGGCCAGAGAGGUUCCUGGAAGAGGAAUCUAAAGUUGAGGCAAAUGGAAAUGACUUUCGUUAUCUUCCCUUUGGAGUUGGCAGAAGAAGCUGCCCUGGGAUUAUUCUUGCAUUGCCAAUUCUUGGUAUUACAAUUGGGCGUUUGGUGCAAAAUUUUGAGCUGCUGCCUCCACCAGGACAGUCUAAGCUUGAUACCACAGAAAAGGGUGGACAGUUCAGCCUGCACAUUUUGAAACACUCAACUAUUGUGGCCAGGCCUAGGACUUUCUAAUUAAUUUCAUAUUUUUAUUUUUAUUUUUUAUUGCGUGAUGUUACUUUAUGGUUUCUGAAUGUGGGAUCCAGAUGAAAUGGGCUUAUUAUGCUAUAUUUGGGAUGUAACAGUGUAAAUCUACUGUGAACUUCGAAUGUUGAAUGAAGAUUUGAAAUAAGUUUUAUCUGUCUUCA